AUGUUCCUUCCUUCCCUCGGGGAGCUCCAAGCGCUCUCCCCAACGUCCACCUUGGCUCCUUCUCCCGCCUCUCUUGCCCCCGUGGCCAAAGGCGCCUGUGUUGCCGCUGCCUCCUUUCCUCCCAGAGGAGCCGUCGCCGGCUUGUCUUCCUGCCCAGCAAUAACCCGCAGCUCGCUCCAGCCCUGCACACCGCCAAUUGGGGCUUCAGAGGUUCCUGAGCUAAAGUGUCACACAGACUUUGCCGCCGAGGUGGUCUGUCACUGGACUGUGAACAACACUACCAACUGUACCGAGGAGUUCCUGCUCCGUUAUAGCAGCAGCAAAACUGGACAGAGGUCAGUGUGUAAUCUCAAGAACAGGAGAAGCCUCGAGUCUGCCUCCCCCAGCUGUGUUUGCGUGAUUCUGGAGGAGCAGUUCAUUGUGACCAAGUAUACUUUCUCAUUGGAGAGCAGGCGGAACUAUGCAUCCCGGAACCUCACAGUUUACCUUGAUGACAUUGUGAAGCCAAGGGCCCUCAAAAACCUCACUGUCUCAAAGGGUGAGGGGCGUUCCUUUAUCCUGACCUGGAGAAAGGACUACGACUCAUCUAAUCCUUUAAGCAUCCCCGGAGUAGUCUAUCAAGUCCGUAUUUCAUCCGAAGGACAAACGGAACCGGUACUGAAAGAUCUUAAUGAGCAAGCGGAGCGCUAUGAAAUUUUUGCUGACACCCUCUUGCCGGGAAAGUGCAGUGCAAGUGUACGAUAUAAAAUAAAGGCUUGGAAAAGCCUCUGGAGCGAGUGGAGUGUCCCCUGCGAAUGGUCCAAUGAUUUCAAGUCGGAAAAUGGAGACAGUCUCUUGUGGGGCAUUCUCUUGGCCUGCUUCCUAGUGAUGGUGCUGGUCUCCAUCGGUUACAUCUGCUUGGCCAGGGUGAAGCGAGAAUGGUGGGACGACAUCCCGAGCCCUGGCAAGAGCAAUCUGGGCAAGGAAUUUUGGAAAAAGCCGUGUCUGGUAGUGCCGAAGAUGUUCCCAGGGGAUGAAGGCAAGGCACCUCUCUGUGCCCCGUCACAGAAUUUCAUGGAGCGGCAGCGAAGCGUCAAGGAUUCUCCACUUAAAGACGAGGCCGAUUUCCCUGGCUGGCCAAAGGAGGUGGCCGCAGCGGUUCCCGGGAGCAGGCUGGGAGGGAAAUGGGGGCCGUUCUUCACUCCGGAAGUACCUUCCGUUGAACCUGCUCUUACAAUCUGCAGCCGCUCAGCAGACACAGGCCCUGAAGCCCUGACGGAGGAAGAAGGAGACCACGUCUCUCACAUGGAUGCCUUCAUAGACAUUUUUCUGGAUAUCCUGGGGGGUGGGGGCCAUGCAGGAGAUGUUGAAAGCCCUGCCAAGCCUGUGCUGGAAGCGCACCCCUCAGCCAGGGCUCCAGGACAAGGGCUUGGUGACCUUUGCUCGUUCGGCGGAACACCCGGAAAGAGCCCAGGAGGGUCUUCCGAAUCUGGCUAUCGGAACUCUGAAGUUGCUGCCUCUGCCCAGGCAGCAAGUCCUGCACCUGAGCAGAGCCAAGGUGACACCCAAUGCCAUUCUGCCACACAAUACAAAUUGUUGCUUUCCCCCCGGAAACUGUCCAGGGCGUCAUACCGGGAAGUUUUCACAGACGGAGUUGGUCCCCAGGUCGAUUCCCCAGGCAGCAGCAGGGCUACGACACCCCAGCCUUCUUGCUACAAGAGUCUCAGCAGCCUCGUGUGUCCAUCCCCAGCCAGCUUCAGCCAACCGUGGGAACACCCGCUGGAUCUUUCCAGAGUUGACCAAUCCUAUCCACAGGGUAGCUGGCCUUCCUCCUGUGAAGAAAUAGCAGCGCUGUUUUUCCCUCCUCGGCAGGAAGCACCACCCCAGGAGGCCCCAGGCGUUCCUUGCACCAUUGACUCCUGCUUGCCCGGCUACCGACCCUUUAGAUCUGCCCUUGCCCCAAGUGCAGCCUCCCAGGAUCCCAGCUGUUUUGGCGGGGGCUCCCCCUAUAAGCCCUUCCUUGGUGUCCUCAGGAGCAUUCACCAGGAAGCCCAAUGCUGAAGACACAGGACACAGAGAGAGAGGCUGGGGAAGGCCUGGGGAAGAGCCCCUGACCUUUGCUUGUAGCCUGGGCACAGGGGCCAAGGAGGAGAAUUCCGGCCAGCAGCGGAGAGAGGGCUUCUCCCCCCAGGGUAUGAGGUGACAUACUCAAGGGAAGAGGCAUGGCUGAGGGCUGAAUACUGACCUCCUUGGCAGAGCAUGGGGCAACCCACCGGCAGGCUGUGUGAGCCAGGCAUAGUGGCUCACUUGGGCUCAGCUGGGCGCUGGAUUUCUCCUUGGGAAAUUUGUUAGAGAGCCUGUGAGUGAGUUGUUGAGAGAAGGGGGAGGCCAAGUGGGAAUGGAACGCAUCUUGCCCCUCUGCCACCAGCCGGGGAUGUGCGUCCAGCAACUGCCACCAUCCCAGAGCCUCUUCCACUCUGCCUCACAUGCCCUACUUCCUCUUGCUUCAUACGGAUGAGCCGAGGGCCCCUGCUCCAGUGGCUGGCUUUCUUUUGUGGUCAGGCUUCCCUGCACCCUGGCAGAGCCAAACUUGAGAGCUUUUCUUAACGCCUCCUGGCCAAAGGGCAGGAAUUCUGCAGGGUUCCCUCCUGGGACACAGGGACAGAGGGGAAGAGGUAGACCUCGUUCGUGUAUCUCUGUUCCUGGUGGGGAUUGCUUUCAAGGCAUUGCCCUUUCUAGUCGCAUUGAAGACCUUUAGCCGGAUAAUCAGGCUGCUGCGCACUUACUCUGCUUGUACCAAAAGGGCUUGUCUCCAAAAAGACCAAACCCUGAAAGUUGGGAAGGGAAAGGUAGCUCAUGGCUCAGAGGUACAGCACGUUCUUUGUGGGCAGUCAGUCCCAGUUGUCAUUCCCCGUCUCCUUCUGUUAAAAGGAGCUCCUGUUCUCCCUGCUGCCUGGAUGGCCAGAAGAAGCUGGGAGCAUUGGGCAGCCUCCAGGACAGGGCCUCGCGUGGACCUUCCCCUCCCCUCCGCUGUGUCUCUUCAGAUCAGUGCUUGC